UUAUGAAUAUUCUGCUUCACAUUAUGGACUGAACCAGCUCCGACCUGGUUUUGAUUGGAAGGAGGAAAAGAAUACUGCUACAUCUGUAACAUUGCAUUUUGGCAAUAGUUUGACUACAGAACUGAUAAUCCACAACAGUGUAAAUGAGUCAGAAUGGAUCAGGAAGGUGGGGGUGACUUCCAGAAAACCCCUAACUUCCAGUGGAGAAACUACAAGCUUAUUGUUGAUCCAGUUCUCAAGCGGGCCCCCCACAAAAUAUACCGCUAUGAUGGAGUACAUUUCAGCACCAAUGAUUCGGGCCAUGCUCCUGUGGGUGAUGUGCGAGAUCCCAGGCGCAGAAUAUGGUCAAAAAACAGAGACAUUUCCCUCCCUGUCCCAAAGUUUAAGCUGGACGAGUUCUACGUGGGCCAGAUCCCUCUGAAGGAGGUCACCUUUGCCCGGCUCAAUGACAACAUCAAGGAACCCUUCUUGGCUGAAAUGUGCAAAAAGUAUGGUGACAUUGAAGAGAUUGAAAUCCUCUACAAUCCAAAGAACCGCAAACACCUGGGUCUGGCCAAGGUGCUCUUCACCAGCACCAGGGGGGCAAAGGAAACCGUCAAGAACUUGCACAACACUUCAGUCAUGGGCAACAUCAUUCACGCCCAGCUCGAUAUUAAAGGUCAACAGCGCAUGAAGUAUUAUGAGCUGAUUGUGAAUGGCUCCUACACCCCCCAGACCGUUCCUACUGGGGGCAAAAUUCCGAAUGAGAAGUUCCCAGCAGACUCAUCUGAGUCCAGAAGGCGCCACUCGGUUGACUCCUCCUACCCUAGUAACACGAUGCCUUCAACGCCUGGCAAUGGCACACCUUGUUCUCAGGACACUCCGUAUUCCAGUGGCCGGCAAGACACACCUUCUUCCUAUGGGCAAUAUACACCACAGUCAUCCCAGGGGACUCCGUACACACCUCGGGGAGGAACACCAUAUUCCCAAGAUUCUGCCUAUUCCAGCAGGCAGGGGACUCCAGGGUAUUCUACCUAUCAGUCAGAGUCAAGUUCGUACAAAUCCCGCAGACAUGAGAACAGCUUUUCGGACUCAUACUCCCGCCGGCAUUAUUCUUCUUCAUCAUCUUCGUCCUCUUCCUCCUCCUCUUCCUCUUCUCACUACCGCAGCAAUGACCAUCACUAUCCACCCUAUAGUCAACAGUUUGAUGGAGGCAGUGGCACCACUGUCACAGCCAGUAGUAGCCGGUAUCAGCGCCUCUCCUCCACCUCCGAAGGGCGGUCUUCCUCUUCCUCUCAUCGCUCUCACCAAAGAGAGGAUUCUGGCUUCCAUUCCCGACACAGGGAGCGCUCCCAGCGGGAUGAUGCAAUUCCUUCCUCCACCGCUGCUGUUGUUGCCUCUGCCUCUACCCCCACCUCCUCAUCGUCUUCAUCUGUAGCAGCAACUCCAGAUGGCUCUCAAUUCCAAAACAGUCACAGUUUUGUUCAGCAAAGUGCAGAACAUUUCCCACCUCCCAGUGUUCUCUAUCCAUCUUACACAGCCACUCCAGACUCCUUCUCCGUAUCUACUGAAUCCCAUCCCGUGGACCAGGACUACCGACUUCUCCCCACCGCUGAAACAUUUGCUGCCAACUCCUUGCCUCCCACAGAAUUUCUUGCUCAGGAAACAAAAGAGAAUAUCAGCCCCGCAGUAACGACAUCUCUGGGGGUUGAUGACCAAUCCCAUUCCCCUGCUGUGCAGACCUCGCCCACCCGCUCUGGCUCCCCGGCACCUGAGACAACAAAUGAGAGUGUUCCUUUUGCUCAUCACAGCAGUUUGGACUCUCGCAUUGAGAUGCUGCUGAAGGAACAGAGGUCCAAGUUCUCUUUCCUCAAUUCAGACACAGAGGAAGAAGAGGAGGAGAAAGGGGCAGCCAAGGGAGCAGAGCCACAUGGGCCCUGCACUCCACCACCACCUCUGCCAGUCAGCUUUGAAGAUGUGGUACCAGCACUGGACCUGGGGUCAGGAGCAGAAUCCCCCAAAGCCAACGGGCAAGAUAAAGCAUCGCAGCACUCAUCAGGCGAAGACAUGGAAAUCUCUGAAGACGAAGCAGAAGUUGAGCCCCCAACACCAGUGGCUGGAGUAUCCGAAUCCCAUUUUUCUGUGAUGCCCUCAGCCCUGGGCCACAUGCCACUGGGUGUCUCCUCUUUUACUCCUCAUCACCGUCCGGAACCACCCCCCACCUAUCCCAUACAGCCCCUUAUGUCUGUCUCUCUCCCACAUUUGGCGGGUAAAUCCCACUCGCUCUCCAAUUAUGGGCAGGUUGGCCCACGGCACGCUCACCGCCUAUCGGAUUUCAGGGGGAGGGCGGGGAUGGUAGGUGGAGGCCGAGGGGCUCCCCACAUCUAUGACUUUGUCAACUCCAUGGAGCUGAUGAACCGCCUGGGCAACCAGUGGGGUGGGAUGCCCAUGUCCUUCCAGAUGCAAACUCAGAUGCUUAGCCGCCUGCAGCAACUGCGUCAGAGCAAAGGACAGUUUGAGGACCCUUUUUCCUACCACCGGGAGGCAGCAGCAGCUUUUUGUGGCCGGCCUCUCUACGGCCAUGGCUAUCUAUUGGACCAGGGCAACCGCCACUUUCAGAGAGACCAGCUGUUCAUGCAACAGCCAUCAGCAGUAGGGGUCUCAGAACAACCUCACCACCAGCCACAGCAUUCCUCAGAGCAGCCUCCUGUGCCACCUCCACAGCAUCUCCUAGAUUUCCAAACAGCCCCCUGGAGCUACCAAGAGGAAGUGGCUCCACGCCCACCACUCCCCAAGGACCCACAUGCUUCCAUAGUGGAUAGCGUCCUUGAAUCACUGAUGCAGGAGAUGAAGAGCAUCAUGCAGCGGGACCUCAACCGCAAGAUGGUGGAGAACGUGGCUUUCAACACGUUUGACAAGUGGUGGGAGCGCAAGGAGGAGAAAGCUAAGCCUUUCCAGAGUACUGUUAAACAGCCAGCCAAGGAAGAUGAGAAAGACAAAAUCAAACCAAAAGAUCCUGCGCUGCUAUCCCUAGUUGAUUGGGCCAAAAGUGGCGGUACUGGGGGCCUUGAGGGAUUUGGUUUUGGGACCGGCUUUCGAGGAGUUCUCAGGCUCCCAUCCUUUAAGGUGAAAAGGAAAGAGCCAUCUGAAAUUUCAGAAGGUAGUGAAGUGAAGCAGCCACGUCCUUCCACUCCUGUUGAAGAGGAUGAAGAGGAUAAGGAGACUUCACAGGUACCCAAGUCGUCCAAGAGGGAUGAUGAGCGAAUCAAAGGCCCAGGAAAACGGCGGAAACUUUUCUGCCUGGACAGUGAAGGGGAGGAAGCAUCCGAGGACUCUUCUUCUGAAAAGGAGGAGGAGGAAGACCAGCAGAGGGAGAAAGGUGAAGGUGCCAGAGAACGCAGGACAAAAGCCAAGGAAUCGGAAGAUGAAGGUGACAGUGAUGCCUCCUCCAAGUAUUCUGCUUUUGAAGAGUCUGAUGAGGACAGUGACAGUACGUCAGACUCAGAAAGCACCACCUCCUCCUCCUCUUCCUCCUCAUUGUCCUCUUCCUCUUCCUCCUCCUCCUCAUCUGAUGAGGAGGAUGAGGAUGCUGAGAGCAUGGAAGGAAUGGAUGAAUCUACCCUGGACAGCUGUUCUGCAGAGCCACUGAGGGUUCUUGAGGAGAGAGCACGACAAGCAACGGAUGCUGAGAUGACCAAAAAGAAACCAGAAGCUGCUCUCAUACAAGGCCACGUGGCGGAGGAGAAGCCUGGGCCUCAGAAGGAUGCGACGCCAGUUCUGCGACUAGAGGAAAAGGAUAUGGGAACCAUGGCAGAAGAGCGACCAAGGCCAGAAGAACGGCCUUCCUCACCCAUCCCGCUUCUGCCUCCUCCCAAGAAACGGCGGAAAACAGUUUCCUUCUCGGCUCCUGGUGAGGAUGAUGAGUCAAAGGGGGCUUUGGAGAAACCAGCUGAACUGCUGCCGUCCGUCGUCAUGCCCUCACCACCUGCUCCCCCUCCUCCUCCUCCUCCUGCCCCCACAGAGGAAGCACAGCCCCCGCCAGUGCCUGUGGAGCACAAGCUACAAGUGUCCUUAGCCCCAGAAGCCCCAACAACCCCACUUGCUUGUUCCCAGCCUGCCCCAGCAGCAGCACCCCCUGCUAAACCUGUGACUGUUCCCAGCCGCAAGCGGGAGCCCCCCAGAGCCAGCCAAAGAACAAUCAGCAACCUGCCGGCCGACCACGCUUCCCUUGUGAAAUGUUGGACGGAAGAAUUCCUGCCGGCCGGCCGGUCCCGGAAUCGCUCUCGUUCCCGGACUUCGGAGCCCCCCCGGCCACCCCAGCCCCCGAAAGAAAACAAACUGCGCACACGAGAGCAAAUGGGGGCAUCCUCGCUGCUUGAGUUGGCCAAUCAGCCUGACCUGGCUGUGUUGGCCGAUGUUGCUCUCAAGAUGCCUGUCGGUGCAGGCGGUGAGGACUCGGAGGAGACAGAGACCUCCGAUGAGGUGGAGGAGCCCAAGGCUUUGCUGCCGCCACCUCCCGCACAGUCCCUCGAAGUCAGUAGUAUUUUGAUGGAGCACAACUAUGCCAUGGCUGUCCGUGCAGCUCCAGCGGCUGCCUCCCACAGGCUGGAGGAGGCUGCGUUGGCCAGCUCUGCAGACCUGCUGCGGGUGGAUUUGUAUAGUGAGCCCAUUGGCGAGAUUCUGGAGGCUCCUGAGGAGGUGGUGGCAGAUGCCAGUGAGGUCAAAACAGAGCCUGAUGUGGGUGACCUUGUUGCUUUGCCCCCUGCACCUCCCCUGCCGGUGGUGGAGAAGCCCAAGGCCGCUGUGCCCGAGCAGCAACAGCACGCUAAGAAGCAGCUGCAGUGGCUCAAAGAUGAGGCAAUAAAGGACGCCGGUCCAUUGCCAUUUGGGCCUGAGGACCUGUUCCCUUCAGAGAGCGAGGAGGAGGAGGAAGAGGAAGAGGAUGAAGAGAGCGCUGACAGCAGUGAUGAAGGGGAGAUUCGCAGGAGGUCCUUGCGCUCCCACUCGCACAGGCGCACCCCCACCCAGCCCCCUCCUCCACCCCCUGUCUUUGAGACACGCAGUGAGUUUGAGCAGAUGACUAUCUUGUAUGACAUCUGGAACUCAGGGCUAGAUUUGGAAGACAUGAAGUACUUGCGGCUGACCUACGAGCGCCUGCUGCACGAGGACAACAGCACAGACUGGUUGAACGACACCCACUGGGUCCACCACACAAAUAUCCUUUGUGGGCUUAGUACUGAUUUUUGUUUUUAUUGUUGCUGCUGCUGCUAUCAUCUCAGUGCAUAUCACUUCCCAAAACUGGAUAAAACCAUGCCUCAGAAAGUGGGAACUGUGUGCCUUUCCUUUUUCCCUCCAUGUAUCAGCAAGCUUUGCUUUCCUCCUCAGGGCACCAACCGCAUCCUCUCUGAACGGAGAUCGGAGCAAAGGCGUCUGCUGAGUGCCAUUGGUUCCUCUGCCAUCCUUGAUAGUGAUCUUCUGAAGCUUAACCAAUUGAAGUUCCGCAAGAAGAAGCUCCGGUUUGGCCGGAGCCGGAUCCACGAAUGGGGCCUCUUUGCAAUGGAACCGAUCGCUGCGGAUGAGAUGGUUAUCGAGUACGUAGGUCAGAACAUCCGGCAGAUGGUUGCUGACAUGCGCGAGAAGCGAUAUGCCCAGGAAGGCAUUGGAAGCAGUUACCUUUUCCGUGUGGACCAUGAUACAAUCAUUGAUGCCACCAAGUGUGGUAACCUGGCACGCUUCAUCAACCACUGCUGCACGCCCAACUGCUAUGCCAAAGUCAUCACGAUCGAGUCCCAGAAGAAGAUUGUCAUCUACUCUAAACAACCCAUCAGCGUCAAUGAGGAGAUCACUUAUGACUACAAGUUCCCAAUUGAGGAGAACAAGAUUCCUUGCCUGUGUGGCACAGAGAAUUGUCGAGGCACCCUGAACUGAGGCAUAAUCACGGCACUCAUAUUUAUUUUGUUUUCCUGACUGUCCUUUCCUCUUCCCUUCCCUCCAUUCUCCCCUGUAGCUUAGCUCCUCUCCCUACCAUGUUGUAGGGGAAAACUUUCAGUCGCCUUAAGACCCAUCCAGUUUUUCAAGUUACUAACCAACGAGAAAGCACUUCCCUCUUCUCAGGUUUUAAAUCAAUGAUAAAUCCAAUUUUUUUCCUCCUUUAGGCAGCUGGCAAUCUGUGAUUUGGUCCUCACUGGGAAAUCAAAAUUUAAAAUGUAGACUCAAUACUUUUCGCAGACAUUAAAUACUCUUCCUUGCGCUGAAAAAGAAGCUGAGGGUGCUUAAUUGUGGUUAAUUCCGCAAGCCCAAGAACCUCUGCUUCUGAGCUUGAGAGGCAUAGCUUGAAUAGGCUGAGAAAUGUAGCAGUCAGGCGUUCCCUUCUAAAUGUCCUAAUUUCAGUUUGUAGAUCUCUGACAGGCAGCCGUUGGUUAGCGACCUUUUUCGAAACGCCAGGUUAUGAGCAUGUGUGCCAGGGACACUUUUUGAGGCAAGGUGACGCUUGAAUCAGACCGAGGAGUUGUCCCAGCCCUUGAAAUGUAAAGAUGGUUGUGCCUUUUGCUUCCCAUCUUUGUUCCAAAAGUGAAGGUAGUGUUGCAGCAUUGGUGAGAGAGAAAGAGACGGAGGGAGUUCUGUGGGUUUAAACAUUCCUCUGUAUGGCCAGAGAGCUCUGAAAUUAUCAUUCUUCAGCAUUAAUGGUUUAGAUAUAUUGUUGGGAGCAAAAACUUGAACCACCUUGGUUAAGGUAAUAUCUCCUGAUAGAAUAGCCCUCCCUUUUUAUUCUGCAAAGCACUUGAGGCUAUAGAAGUAAAGGUCCUGAAAAUCCAUGGGAUUACAUUGUGCGCAUUGUAAUCUCAUUGUCCUUUUUUUCCCCUUUCCUUCUGCUCUGACCUUUAAUGUAGUGAGGAGGAGAAAAACCAUUUAUCCGUAAUAGUGAGGGAGGGGUUGGUUUUCUUUCCUUGCUACUUUGUGGCUUCAACCGAGCUGACUUGCAGCGUAAGCUAAGAAUUUCCCACAACCCACCACCCCUGAUAAUUUUUCUUUAGGAGAAGAAAGUUGUGUAUAUAUCUAUUCCAGAUGGAUUGGCUGUUUCUUGUAGAAACACAUGUUUAUUGGUAUGUAAAUAUUGUUUGUUUUUCCACUUCAUACUAAAAAAACUGUAAAUAAUGUUGCUGUGUAUUUCCUUCUCCUGUUUCAUCUCCACUUGCACUGUGCCACCCUUUUCUUUUCAGGCAACAUGGAUUUUCUCUCUCUCUCCUGGGGAAAAGUACAUCACCUCAGUGGUGCAUUGGAGGGGUCGAAAUGUGUUUUUCUUGUUUCAUCGAAAUGGACAUCAGUUUUGAAAGGUGAAAGGCUUUGAAACAAGGCAUGUGGAAACAUAUUAGCAGGAUUUUUUUUUAAAAAAAGAAACCUUUUUAAAGAAAUCUGCCAUUCUCUUUGCCAAAUGGUGGUGUUCUCAGUGGUGGUGAGCCGUUCCCUCCUGAGAGCACUUUUGCUUCUGGCUUGUGUUCCUCUGUGUAUUGCCCACAGCCAUGAGUAAUAGGGUGCCUACGCAUGAAUGUUGUUUGCUUACUGGGAGCAGGUUCUCAGGGAAUAACACACUAUGUCUCCAGACAUGGUCUUCUUACGGAAUUUGAAUCCUGGAAAUGUGGGUCAGGGGCAAGAUGCUUUUAGGGAAGGUUCAGGAAUACAGAGUCGUCUUCUUCUUGUUGCUUUCCUUGUGCUGCCGUGCUCAUCUGAAGGAAAAUUGCAUCUGAUGGGCUGAAUUGUAUUUAUUAGUCCCAAGCAUAGCAAGUUCACUAAUCUAAUAUUACUUAACCUAAAUGGGGACAUACCAAGUUCCCCGUAGAUUAUUGGGUC